AUGGCGAUGCGUCUUCCUUCUUGGACAGCCAUUUUCAGCUCGUUGCUGUACGAGGCCUGCGAGCGGAUCAUCGACCCGAUCUACGGCUCGGUCGAGCUGCUCUGGUCGGGCAAUUGGGCCCAGUGCCAGUCGGUCGUCGAGGCGGUGCUCCAGGGCUCCUCCCAGUUCUUGCAAUCGCCUUCACUCGACUCCACGGGGCCCCACCAUAAGAACUGCGAUGUCUGCCACGACUGGAAGACAUCCGGCUCCGGAGACCUCCACAAGAUCAGGACUGGGACCCGGUUCAAGCGGUCAUCGAAUCAGGCCAAGCCGAAGACGGAACCUGACGAGCUGUUCGGCGGUGAAGGGAGCAAGUGGAUCUACCCAGGGCCCAUCCACGGGGAGACGAGCCACAACUCGUGGGUGAUGCCUACGGCAGCAGUGGUGGCGAGUCGGGACACCGUGGAGGCCGAGAGGAUCUCCUUCGAGGAGACCAUGGAGGCUACACUGGCAAACCUAGGCAAGCCGAACCGGAUGCUGAAAUUCGACCGGCCGGUGGAGGAGAGUCCGGAGAGUCAACUCCAUUUGGAGCUAAGUCUGGGCAUCAAACCGCCGUCACAUCCGAGGGAGCUCGAGUUCAGCCAACAUUGAUCUAAGUGGUCGGUUGUGAGACGAGAGACGAGCAGUUUUGAGGGCCAGGUUGAUGCCGGAGCACUCCUUGAAGGCCAUUAAUUAAGUUACCUUGAAACUAGUAAAACUUGGAGACAGUCAACCAACUAUAUAUGUUUCUCAUAUUUUCAAGGUUUAGUGAGUCCUUAUUUAAUUAUAGUUGUUUUUUAGUAAAACUAGUUUUGUCUUUUUGUCUUUCCAAUGAGUGAUAGUAAUUACUCAUGCUUGGAAGGUUGUUCCAUGCUCAUCUAUAUAAGCAUGCUAUGAUGAAUGAAAAGACGCGACUUGGUUGAUUCAUAAACUAUUUGAGCCUUUGGCUUGAGAACAAGAAGUUUUUCUUGUUUUGCUCUUUAUCCCUAGGUGGAUUCCUAUGAGUGACGAGUAUUACUCUUGUCUCUUAGGUUGAUAACCUAUGAGUGGCGAGCGACCUAUCCGUUAAGUUCUCAAUUGUGUUACCUCAUACUUCUCUAUAUUCUCUUUGGUAUCAAAUUGGUAUUAGAGCAAGGUUCAAUGGCUGGUCGUCAUCGACAUGGACCAAAUGUCGAGUCUUCUAUAGCUUGAGAAACAGACCUGCAAGACGUGGGGUGGAUGAUUUAAGGAGACAAGUGCAGAAACUAUAAGAGUGUUUGCAACACUUUGAACUUUUGGAACAUGAUGAUUCGUAUCAUGAUUCAGAUGAUGCUCUCUUCAAUAAAGAGGAUGUUAACCCCUUUGCUGGUACUUGAAGUCAUGCUUCAAGUGAGGAAGGACAUCCUCGAUGUCAGUAUGGAAUUUAGCA